CUCAGCCCUUCCUGUUUUAGAAAUGUCAAGGAUGCAGCGUCGACUGGACUGUCGCAUAUACUGAUGGGUACAUCUCAGUGAUAUUUGGGAGAAGAGGACUCAAUGAUCUCUCAUCUCUGUGCUGCCACACCAGUCCUGUACAUAUUGUGGAUCGCAAUGGCCCAGAUAGCUGCUGGCCAGGAGGACAGAGAGAAAACUACUGCACUUAAAGACUUGCUGUCAAGAAUAGAUUUGGAUGAACUGAUGAAGAAAGAUGAACCUCCAUUCACUUUCCCCAAAACACUGGAGGAGUUUGAAUAUGCCUUCAAUGAAUAUGGCCAGCUCAGACAUUUAAAAACCGGAGAGCCGUUUGUAUUCAAUGCCAGAGAGGAUCUCCACCGCUGGAACCAGAAACGCUAUGAAGCUCUUGGAGAGAUCAUCACGCAGUAUGUUUAUGAGCUGUUGGAGAAAAAGUGCAACAUGACCAAACAAAUCCUUCCGGGAGAACGUACGGAUGAUGAACCCACCAGUUUUAUCUACCUGAGCCCUGAUGCCUUGUCCAACCCUUCGAAGCUGCUGGUGCUGAUCCAGGGCAGUGGCGUGGUGCGUGCCGGUCAGUGGGCCCGUAGACUCAUCAUCAACCAGGACCUGGAUUCAGGGACCCAGAUCCCCUUCAUCACCAGAGCCAUGGAGGAGGGCUACGGUGUGAUGGUGCUCAAUCCCAACGAGAACUACCUGGAGGUGGAGAAGUCAGCCAUGUCCUCUCCCCUGCCCUCUCCUACCGAACCCUCUGACGAACCUGCAGAAAAACGGGAUCGCAAAGAUGAUAAAGAGGGCAAAAAGAAGAGAGAAUUUUAUGAGAAGUAUCGUAACCCACAAAAGGAGACAGAAACUGAGCGGAUCCCUAUACGGGAAAAUAGUUCCUCCGAGGAACACGUGCUGUAUGUGUGGGACCACUUUGUGUCCCAAGCCAAAGCCAAGAAUGUCUUCAUCAUGGCCCACAGCUACGGAGGGCUGUCUUUCGUUGAGCUGAUGAAUCAGAGGGAAACCGAGGUGAAGGAAAAGGUGUGUGCUGUGGCUCUGAGUGACUCGGCUCACAAUAUCUGGCUGCAGGAGACCAGCAAAGGCACACAGGACUGGAUGCAGCAGCACUGUUGCAACUGGGUAUCGAGCCCAGAGCCUGUGGACACCCUGCUGGAUCCCAUGCUGCGAGACUGCCCCAGGGUCUCUGCAGGCACAGAGCGGCAUGAGCUGACCUCCUGGAUGAGUUUCGACUCCAUCUUCAGGUUCUUCAAUAAAAGCCUGGAGACGAAAGAGGAUGAGGAGGCAGAGGAGACCUCCAACACUGUUACCACACGUAGCAGCUCCCUUAAAUACAAACACCAAGAUUUGUAGAGGAUAGACCAAAAUGACUUGGAACGAGAGGAGAUGGAGUUGUGUGGCAAUGGAUCAGAGAGGGGCAAUGCAGAAAGGGAGGCUAAGGUUCCAGAUCCUCUCUGAUAUUCCUUCCUUCCCCUCUCCGUCUGUAACCUCCAAUCUUUUUCUCCUCACCCUUCUCCCUGAGUGUCAUUCCUCCCUUUCAGCCCUCCCUGGCUGUGCAAACACAUAGCCUUGUUGUUGUAGGAGACAAGAGUACAGGGUCACCAUGUAUACAUCACAAUAACGUUUUGCAUUACUUCUAGAUGAGCGCAACUGUCAAAGCAAUAUGGGCCUGAGUGUUAGCGCUUCCCGUGGGCUGUGGCCUGGCUGCGGGUACGGGCCAUGGCAGCAGAGAUUAAGGCUGACAGGCGCUGUGCACAAUGCACUGUGGUGCACCUCUAAUUGUCCUGACAUCAGCCUGAACUGAGCUAAUGCCCCGCCUGCCCUCCAGUCUGCACUGCUCAGUCUCUCCCUCCUCCCCCCCCCUGGUCCUAAAGCCUGGGCCACUUACCCUGACAUCAGCUCAUGCUGUAAGGUAUAUUAUCAAGCUGAUCAGUGGACAUCUUCUUUUUUGAAAUCCCUUGCCCGCCACAAAUGAGUUUUUUUCAAAGAGUGAACGCAUACUCUUUACUGGGGACCAUUUAUUUUGUUUUAACAAAGGGUUUUUGUGUUUUUACUUUUUUUAUCCUCCAACUCCUCUGCACAUGCAGUCAGAUUUUAAAACAAUUCUUUUUUCUUUUAGCUUAGUGUCAAUUUAGUUAAAGCCUGUGCCAUAUAUGUUGGGGAUUGCACCGCUAUAAUAAGAGAUCUUUUUUAAAUGUUUCAACUUUGAGCUAAAUUUAAAUGCAAUGUCUCAUACACACAUUCCCACUAUUCCAUGUUUUUAUAUUGAGCCAAUACUUCAGCUGUGAGUUUUUACUUUAGAAUUUCUCUAGGAUUGAUUUGCGAAGCUGUGGAGAGUGCGUUUCUAUGUGUUUAUUAUAAAUAUGUCCUUUUUUUUCAAUUUGAUAUCCUUGAAAUUGAUGUCUCCGGAUGAUUGGAUGUGAUGAAACAAAUAAAACAAACACAUCUGUGCUGAAUAUGAAAAAUUCAGGACACUGAGCAUAUUUAAAAUUACUUAAAGUCAAGCAUCAAAAUGGGUUUGCGGGAUAUCUCAUUUUAACAGGAGCCAGAAGUCAGCUCAAAACUCUCAUAAAGCCUCAAUAUAUCACCUUACAUGUGUCAGGGAAUCCAAGAUUUCAAUAUUAUUCUAAGCCUGAAUGAUAUUUCCUUAGAUGUUGGAGAAAUGUAACAUAUCUUUUUUCUUACCCCUUUUUCCUCCCACCAAAGUACUCUUCUUGUGUACUUAAAAGUGACAAAGUCAGCUCCCUGCUCAGCGGCAUAAUCUGACUAAAUGACACAAACAUAAUUAAAAAAAAUCCACAAGGCUGCAUGGUGUGCUUUAUAAACCACUCAAGGCUUAAUGGAAUACAUUUAUAAUGUGUCAUGACAUUAGUUAAAACUCAAACUGGUACUAAAUCUUAUGAUACCUUAGACAUCUUUCUCAUAUAUAUAUAUAUAUAUAUAUUCCAUUCUUUACUUCAAAUAGUUCCCAUUGUUUAACUUUUACACUGAAAUCCUGCCCCUCCUGUGUGUAUGGUUUAAGGCUUUUGUAGAUUAUCUUCCUGCUGUAAUGAGACAACUGUGGCUGAUGGUUGCAGGCCUAAUUUUCUUUUAAUGUGAUUCAGAUCUCUCCAGGUUUCAGCAAAGAAGUUGGUUUAUUAUUUGAUUUGAUGAGUUUCGUUUCAAGAUACCAUUGCUCAUCUUUUCUGCUUUUCAGCUACAAUCAGUUCAUUUUCACUCCAUAAUUUGUAUAUUGUUGCCUUAGGAAUAAACAAGACUCUGUUCACUGUUUUUAAUAAUAUCGAGCAAGCCAUAUGGAACUAAAGAUGUAAGAGCAGCCUAAAUCCAAAGUACAGUGUGCAAAUAAAGGGGGACUAAUUUUGACAAUUGCUCUUGAAGACUUUUUUUGCAGGAGUUGUGUUGGUUUAAGAAUCAUGCAUAUUUUUUUAUAUCGCAAAGGUCUUUGGAUUUUGACCACAAGUGUCCUGCCCGAUCUUUGUCUCGUUCUGUUUGUAACUAUUUUAGUUUUAAAAGUCUUUAAUCAUUAUUUUAAUGUUGAUUUCAUUUUUUAAUUAAGCUAUUAAAGCUCUGAAAAGCAAAUAAAAUUAACUUUUGCAUCCUACUGUU